GUCUCUGAGUCUGUCCUUAUUUUUUCGCCGAACAACGGCGAAGGAGGGGAGGUGUGUUUCCCCAAAAGCAAGGCUGUCAACGGCGCGGUUCGUUCAAGCAUUCAGGUGUCGCAACUCUGCUUUUCUUUUGUUCGGGCUCUGCCGUCAAGUGUCAUGACUCUCCCGGGAAUCAAGACGCGCCAGAGCAGGCAGAUGCCGGGUUCGAGUCGGUCAGGAAGACAACCUCGUUGCUCACUGCUCACUGAGAGAAGAGACAUGGAAAGAAACGAGGGGUGUGGGUGGGAAGAGGCCGCAGACCGAGGAAGCAAGAAACCAGAGAGAUCGCUUUUCUUGACCAAGUCAAGUGUAUCCGUAAGGAGGAGGAAAGAGGAAGGUAAUUGA